CUAUACAUAUUACUUUCAAAAAGAACUCUUCCGCGAUGCAACCAGUGUGUUUCUUAACAGUUUUGUCUUUGUUUGUGACAUCGACAGAGUGUAAAUUACCCGGAUUAAAGACAAGAAUCACCGACAAGGCACUUGAUUACGCUACAAAUGUUGCCUUGGACAAACUGACAAAGCAGGUGACAGGCCAGCCUAUACCUGAUCAACAUGGUAGUACUGGAGACGUCAAGUUUGACAUAACAGGAAUAAAAGUAAAUGAGUUUAUCAAACCAAGCAGCAGAGUAUCAAUGAUUCAGAAUGUUGGCCUGUCUUGGAGCACAAGUGGAACUCAACUGGCACUUCAUGGAGAUUUUCAUUACAAAUAUAAAAAAGGAAUCAUCAAAAUAUCCGACUCCGGAAGUUUUGACCUGAACUCCAGAGAUAUUGCCUUUCAGCUAAAGAUAGAGAUUGGUGUGGACAAUUCUGGACGUCCGACAAUGAAAUCAGUGGGCUGUAGCUGCAACGUGGGCUCAGCAGAUAUAAAGUUUCAUGGCGGCACUGCAUGGAUUUAUAACCUAUUUUCUGGAAUGCUGGAAGGCAAACUGAAAGAUAUGAUUGCUGGAGGCAAUGGAGUUUUAUGCAAACAAAUAAAUAACCUUGUGAAUGUGAACGGAAUGGAGAGUUUAAAGAAGUUACCAGUAACUGUGCAAAUUGCGAAGCAAUUCCUGUUGGAUUAUACUCUUUUAGCAAAGCCAGCCUUUUCAUCAACAUUUAUGGAAACGUACCAUAAGGGAGAGGUGUACUGGAGUGCCAAUCCUCGUGAAGCCCCAUUCCCUGUUCCUCCUUUGCUGAAAUCCAACGAUACCUCCAGAAUGAUGUACUUAUGGAUGUCUGAUUUUCUGUUCAACUCCAUGUCUUAUAAUGCAUACAAAUAUGAUAAACUUCAGUACAAUGUUACGAACAAAGAUCUUCCAUCAGGUGUGUUAAAUACAACAUGUCCAAAAACAACAUGCAUUGGAAAAUUCAUUAAAGUUAUUGGGGAGAAAUUUCCCAACACAACAGUGAUGUUAUACAUGAAAUCUACAACGAUGCCAAACAUGACUGUCCGGAAUGGGUCUACUAUGGUGGAAACCUCUGGUGACAUCCUUUUCUUUGCUCAACAAUCUGAUGGGAAAUACACGUAUUUCUUGACGCUUUCUGCAAGCAUGACAACAACAAUUUCAUUGAUGAUUCAGAAUGGGAAAAUAUACGCCAAAGUUCCUGAUUUACCGAUACAGGUGAAAGUGAAAGACUCCAAAAUUGGGGCUUUGUCAGCACAGGGGUUAAAUUUUAUCAUCAAAGGUGUUGUAUCAAUAUUUGUACAACCUAAACUAAACGAACUUGGAAGCAAAGGAUUCCCUCUUCCUAUCAUUGACUCGGUGCAUUUCGUUAAUACAGAACUUACAUUAGGAAAGGACACGCUUUUGAUUGCUACAGAUCUGAAAUAUGGUGGAUGAACUUGAAAACAAUUGGAAAAGUACCUACCAAGACUAUAAUCUCUUUACACAACUUAUAUGCAGCAAAGACUAUUAGUUUAUGGAUACUUCAUGUAACAUGUAGAUUGCCGAUAAGGGUGCAAUCAUUCUACGAUAAAAGGACUAAUUUAGGGAAUAUACCAUGAAAAAAAUAAUUGUUUUAAAUGCCCAUUUGAACAACAUA